GUCCAUGUUGUCUAAAACGGUGGAAUUCACAAGGUUCGUCUUGAGGUUAGUUACUAUCGCCUGCUAGUGAUUGGCUGAGUGGUGUGGAGUAACCUGCGAGAAUGUAUUUCUGAAUGACUUCCCCUCACAACCGCCACUCUCGAUAGAUGGCGAUAUGAUCGCAGUCAACUGUAUUCAUCGACCAUGAAGGCACCACUUCAGAGCCGAGCAGUCAGCCUCCUUCCCCUUCGCUGCCCACGCGGGGUACCAGUCUCAUUCCCAUUCAGACGACACAGCACAACAGCAGAAGCUCCAAAAUACAAGCCAUUCUCCGCCUUCCUGACCGACUCCUUCAACCGCCAACAUGACUAUCUCCGGAUCAGCAUCACGGAAAAAUGCAACCUGCGCUGUCUAUACUGCAUGCCGGAGGAAGGGGUGCCGCUGUCGCCGCCAGCACAUCUCUUAACAACGCCAGAAAUUGUCUAUCUCUCGUCGCUGUUCGUUUCCCAGGGCGUCACAAAGAUCCGAUUAACCGGCGGCGAGCCCACAGUCCGCAAGGACAUCGUCCCGAUGAUGCAGGCGCUCGGCAACCUCCGCCGCGACGGGCUGCGGGAGCUGUGUCUGACGACGAACGGCAUAUCCCUACACCGCAAACUCGACGCAAUGGCCGAAGCGGGCUUGACCGGCGUGAACCUCAGUCUUGAUACCCUCGACCCCUUCCAAUUCCAAAUCAUGACCCGCCGGAACGGGUUCGAAGCGGUGAUGAAGAGCAUUGCGCGGAUCGAGGAGAUGAACAAAGCCGGCGCGGGGAUAAAACUGAAAAUCAACUGCGUGGUGAUGCGCGGCCUGAACGAGCGCGAGAUAGUCCCAUUUGUGGAAAUGGGCCGGGACAGGGACAUCGAGGUGCGCUUCAUCGAGUACAUGCCCUUUGGCGGCAAUAAGUGGAGUGAAGGAAAAAUGGUGCCGUAUCAAGAAAUGCUCUCACUCAUCCGUGAACAAUACCCCGCCUUGGAGAAAGUGACAGACCACAAGAAUGACACGAGCAAGACGUAUCGGGUACCGGGGUUUACGGGGAAGGUUGGGUUUAUUACCAGCAUGACGCAUAAUUUCUGUGGAACUUGUAAUCGGCUGCGCAUCACGUCGGAUGGGAAUCUAAAAGUGUGCUUGCAUGGGAACGCAGAGGUGUCGCUGCGGGAUUUAAUACGCAGGGGAAACAACGGCUUGCCCAUCGACGAGCAGGCCAUGGAGGCGCUUGAUCUCGAAUCCAGCGAACGCGAACUCCUCGACGUCAUCGGCAUGGCUGUCAAGCGGAAAAAGGCAAAACAUGCCGGCAUCGGCCGGUUAGAAAAGAUGAAGAAUCGGCCUAUGAUUUUGAUUGGUGGGUGAUUCUUUUUCGUUAUAUAUCAACUAUCUACAUUGGCAUUGGCAUUGGCAUUGCAUUUCGGCGUUGCAAAUAUGUAUGAAUGAUGAUUAUGAUACCUGGCAGGAUUGUUGAAUAUCAUUAUAAUACUCUCAUUCUAUCUAGCGUAACUGACUGACAAUGAUAUCCGUAGAUAACCCCCUCAACCUAGCAUC